UGUGAAGAAUUAAGCCUUGAAAAGUGAGAAAAGAUGAGCAGCAGCGGUAACAUGGAGAACCGGUCUUUUAUCGAUGAGCUCCGUAGCUUUGACAAAGGUGGCUUCUUCGACCUCGGUCACCCUCUCCUCAACCGUAUUGCAGAGAGCUUCGUCAAAGCUGCUGGUAUCGGAGCGAUUCAAGCGGCGUCGAGGGAGGCUUAUUUUACAGCUCUUGAAAGUACUGGACUUGAUUCAUCAAGUGGUCCGACGGAGAUCUCGGCUGCCAAGAAGAGCAGAUUCCCUGAUCUCAGAGGAGAAACCAACAGAAAAUCACUGGAAGCCAUGGUGAAGAACACAGGGAAGGAAUCAAUUCAAUGGGGAUUAGCUGCUGGUCUGUAUUCAGGACUCACUUAUGGCCUAAAGGAGGCUCGUGGAGCUCAUGAUUGGAAAAACAGUGCUGUGGCAGGAGCAAUUACAGGCAUGGCGCUUGCGCUAACAUCCGAAGACGCCUCCCAUGAGCAGGUUGUGCAAUGCGCCAUCACUGGAGCUGCCAUUUCAACUGCUGCAAAUAUGCUUGCCGGGAUAUUUUGAGUUUUAAAAAUCUGACAAUGGUCUGUUCUUGCUGACUUCUGUUUUUUGUCUAGUUUAAUGUAUGGCAGGCAUGUUGGUAGUUUCCUAAGAAUGCAGCCGUUAGUUAAUUUGUUUGUUUGUUUGUUGGGUUUAGUUGUGGAUGAUCCUCUCCUAGUCAUUUGCCAAAUACUGAAGCUCUAGUUCUUGUUUUUGGGCCACUAUGGGACUUGUUUUCUGGAUGGUUCAAUCAUAAUGGAUUUUUAUUUUAUUUUAUCAUGAGAUCAAUUUGUUGGUUAAUUUGUGACUAU